AUGAACAAACUGAUGAAAAGAUCUCACCGUCCGAUUGAUACCCUCGCGAUCACUGAAUCCCUUGGGCUCCAAACAUUUAGGAAGGGUGGACGUAAGGCAUGGACGAAGCAGGAAGAUGCCAAGUUAAUUCAGCGUUUACACGAGCUCUAUCCAAAAGAGGCGUCGGAAAAAACGCUAGAUUCCAAGAAGAUUGAGUGGGAGUUGGUCGCGGAAGCUUUCAGCGACACCUCCCGUAAAGCAAAAGAUUGUCGCAAACGGUGGGCAAGUUCGUUGAACCCUAGUCUUCGACGUGGAAAAUGGACCCCAGAAGAAGACGAACAACUUCUCAAGAGUUACAAGAAGCACGGACCUCUGUGGCAGUCAAUAUCGGCCGAAGUUGAGGGAAGAACAGAGCAUCAAUGUCUGAAAAGAUACUUAGAAGUUUUAGACCCAGCAUUGAGCAAUCGCCUCAAGGCUUGGUCUUUACAAGAAGACUUGUUACUCAUAAGUCAGGUCAAGGAACAUGGUACUAAAUGGAGGACUAUUGCAGCGGCUUUUGAUGCCCGACCAUCACUUACCUGUCGUAACAGAUGGCGUAAUCUUUUGACUUCUGUGGCCAGAGGUAGAGCUGAUAAGGCUGUUAUGGAUGCAAUGGAGCUGGUUACUGGCGGUGACAUAACAGACAAGUUUACUGUGAAGAAAGAGGACCCUGAUAAUCAUGGCAACGCUGGCGUUGAGGAUGGUGAGAUCGUCUCUAGUAGCAAUAUCAAACCGGAAGGUGCAUCAACAUCACCAAAUUCUUCACGACUGCCUGGCCCCGAAAUACAACUUCAGCCAUCAGAGAAAGAAAUUGAAUGGAGAUAUGCGAUUGUCAGCCGUGACGAAACAAAUGACACAGCCGGACCAUUCGAUGAGAUCUUGAAGAAUGGGGGGCAAAUCAAAUCGAAAGAAUUGGCGCAGUAUCUCAUCCAGUAUGCGUCAGUCUACAAUAUGAAAGUGACUGUCCAUCAACACAUUCAUCAUCACUAUGGAUCACAAGAGAACUCCUCGACAAUCGAUGGCCGUCUAGCGAAAGAAGAUUCUCCUGCGUUUGCCGUUUCACCAGCUGUCUCAGACCAUUCAAAGAACAGUCGCUCUAUGGAUAGUCCAAAGUUCUACAAUUUAGAACCUGAAGCCCAACUCAAUCGUGUACAGCACUUCAACUACCUUCCCCCUCUCACAGAAGUGCCCAAAUUAAACUCGUCUGCUUCAUCACCUGCUUCGACCAAAGAAGGAAGCACCCACCAUCACCAUCAUCAUCACCAUCACCAUCAUAUGCAUGAAUCAAGAAAAGAAAGGAACCGGAGCCAGAGCCAGAGCUAUCGAGGCCACGAAUUCGGUACUGGAGUUACUUCUCUUCCUGAUGAGGCUCGUUCCAAGGAAUCCGAUUUACUUAAACUCCUCGACCGCGCUGAUAACAGAGGAAGUACUUCAUCGAAGUCGGGCCACAAGCCGUUAGAUAGAAGAGAACCAGCCUCGAAUGAAGCUAAAUCGAACUCACUUACGCCUUUGACUCAGGCGGUGCAAAUGGUGGCUGAUGCAGAGACAGAUGAUCCAUUGAUCGCUAAAAGGCCAUUGGACGGCUUUAACGAACGGAGCAAGAAGAUGAAGCUUGAUAUUCCUGAAGAGGAUGGCGAUGAAGGACUUGACUUUUUUGAAACUAUGCGCAAUCUCAGUGCACCUUAUCAGCCUCAAGGACACCGUCAUGAGAGAAGAUUAUCAAAUCCACAUGCAACUGAGCGGAGAGGACUGAGAAGCAGCAAAGGAAGUCCUCGGGAAAGCCAGAGGCAAAACCAGCCCGUCUCACAGCACCAUCCACUUCAUUAUUCACAAAGCACUGUGGCCCAAGGAUCUGACCCGAUACCUGUUGAAGAAGAGGAUGACCUUCUUGACGUCUACGGACUCUUUUACAACUCACAUCCUAGAGAGCCUACAAUUGAGCCUGCCGCUCAUUCUCAGCCUAAUACUGGCUUACUUGAGUUAACAAAUCCUUUCGCAUUUCCAUUCAACCCUUCUUAG